AUGGCAAAUAGUAUCAAUGAUUAUCCGUUGUGCAGUAGCCAGUAUCCAGCUGGCAAUGUGGAUGAAUUUCAUCCCUUUGUGGAGGCGUUGUUGCCGUAUGUGAAAGAGUUUAGUUAUGUAUGGUUUAAUUUACAAGCUGCAAAACGGAGGUAUAUGAAAAGAAACGAAAAGCGGAUGACAGUCGAUGAAGAGAAAAGUUGCAAAGAUGCGUUAAUGAAUGAAAGGGUGGAAAUAAAACAGAAAUGGGCAGGACGGUUACUUGGCAAGUUAAGAAAAGAUAUACAACCUCAUUGCCGGGAAGAUUUUGUCCUUUGUGUCACAGGACAGAGGCCAGCAGUUUGCAUAUUGUCAAAUCCUGAUCAAAAGGGGAAGAUGCGACGAAUCGAUUGCCUGCGACAAGCGGACAAAGUAUGGCGUCUUGAUCUAGUGAUGGUUAUUUUAUUCAAGGGUAUUCCUUUGGAAAGUACGGAUGGUGAACGUUUGGAAAAAUGUUCAGAAUGUGCAUUUCCAAGUUUAUGUGUAAAUCCUUAUCAUAUUAGUAUAGCUGUACGCGAAUUAGAUUUAUUUUUGGCAAAUUUUAUACAUACAACAAAUCCGGAUGCUGCCGAGGAAGAAAGCGAUGAGAAAGAUCCUGACAAAUUAGCAGCGCAUGAAGGUAUUUGGGGAACUGGUGUCUUUACCGCUUAUGAAUUGAAGACUUUGACUAGACCUUCAAUAAUAACACUGGUUGAAGGCGAAGCACGUAUACCGGCAGAAAUCAUUCCACAAAAGGAAGAACCAUAUAACGAUUUGGAAUGGCAGUCACCUGGUAGCCCACCGCAGCCAUCAUCAUCACGACGACACGUCGCUCCUACGUCUACUCCAACUGUGGCGGCGGAUUAUCGAAUAUCUGAUAAUCAUGGCAUCAUUGAAAGCACUGAUACCAGGAUACGAAGCAGUAGUUUGAGUGGACCAGGUGGAACACCCCAAGUGGGAGCAAUGGUAACAAUUGCAUUGGAUACGGACUUGACACAUCCAGAUUUUGACCAUCCGAAUCUUUUAGCUGAUGACGCUGCUGAACCAUUGGAAAAACGUAGUCGGCACGCCUCACGGGAUAGUGUAGGAAGUGUUAACGAAGAAGUACAUCAAUUAAUUGGUGGACGCAUUGUUGGCCAACCAAUAUAUAUCCAGAUAAAACGAAGUGAUGAUGGCACUGCAAGUAAUCGAAGGACUCUUGUGGUACAGGGUGCGGUUGAAGGAACAAGGCUUGUACAGCUGAGACCACCUUUCACGGUUUCAACAUCGAAUGAUGGACAGGAACGUCUGAUCAGGGAAGAUGCAUUGGAAAGUGGAAAUCGAAGUAAUACUGUAAGAAUUGUUUCCCAGCAUGGCGAAUUACAUCAGGACAGGCAUCAUGCAUCAGGUGAAACUAUAAGAAGUAUUGGACCAGCUGAUGUCAGUGAAACAUCAUUGAUGCACCGUGAUGCGAUGCGCCCAAGGACAGGAUCAACAUGUGAGAGUUUACUUGUACCUACGUCAACGGCUCGACAAUCAAGUCGACUUUCUGAAGAUUAUCAGAUACAUCAUUCUGGCCAGCAGAAGAGAGACUUUGCGAACAGCACUGUAUCCGCAGUCACUCCACAGCGUAUUGGUACUGUGACAGCAUUUACUCGUUUGACUCGUGAUGUGAAAGUGCGAAACCCCAAUGAUACUGCUCAAGAUGUAGAACAGGUUGUUAUAUUCAGGAAACGUAAUCAUUCUCCAAGUUCGUCAGCUAAUGAGCGAUUACUGGGUAGAACUACAGAAAUGGAUAAUGCUGCUGUAAGUAGUCGCAAUGUGCAUCAGCAACAGCAACAUUUGGCUCUUCAGAAUGAUUUUGAUAUGACGUUGCGAGAUUCUUCAGGCCUAAAUAUUGUCGAUAUGCAUCAUUCAAGUCCGACAAAGUUCACAACGUCAAAUGGUGAUGUCAUUAGCUUCAGCACUGUGCUGCACAGCAUCGAAAGUCAAAAUUCGAUAAAACGUAGUAUCAGUUUGGAUAUUUCACCCCCUGGCUCUUCCACACAAGCGGUGAUCAUAGACGAAAGGCGUAUAUUAGAACAUGAUGCUGCUGAAGUGGAAGCAAGGAUUGCAAAAAAGGUUGCAUUGCUGGAUCAGCCAGUUCGAGAAUUCACAACUAAGCCAGGAAAUCCUCAGUUACUGGUAACUCCUCGGCCUGUUGUGGCACAUCGUCCACCGUUUAUCUCUAACAUUGGCGAUACAAAUAACAAUGCUGCUGCAGCCGCUGCUCGUGAUGCUAAAAUAAGUCAUAUUGUAUCACGACAGCAGCAAUUGUUUGAUAAUGCCUGCAACUCAGCCAUGGGUUCACCGGUGCCUUUUACUCUGAGUAGCCCACUAACGACUCCACGCAGUACACCGAUUCCUGCAGCAAGCUCAACUCUUGGAACGCCAGUACCUGGCGUACGUAUACCAUCUAGAGGACCGUUGACCGAUGAAGAAUAUUCGAGUAUUGUUCAGAAUGUGAUCACUGCUUCUAGUGGUUCAUCCGCUUCAGCAGAUCAAGCAUUGCUGAAAGAAGUUUCAAAUCAAUUUUUGAACUACUUCAACGAAAAUAGUCGUUCUCCGCAUAAUGGUACAUUCCCUCUUCAAAGUUCUUCGGAUGCACGGUCAGAUUCAUCUGCUUCAAAUAUAUCGGUACCUGGAGUUAUUUCCCUUUCAACACCUCCAACAAAUGCUUUAAUCACAUCUCAAACACCGACAGCUACAUCACCUAUAGCUGAUUCAACUACUAGCAAUGAACAGCUAUCAAUGCGUGCAUUGCCAGAUUCAACCACAAACGAUUUACGUCAGGCAGGAAAUAGGCCAAGUUCAUCACCGACUCCUUCAUCUCGUGGCGGUUCCACAUCGUCAACAUCAAAUUCUCAGAGCUUAAGUAGUCCAUCGGAAUUCAUUAAAAAAUGA